UCCAAAAGGGCUCUAAUUUUGCAUUUGUUAUUUGCUUGUAUGUGAUGAAUGGUGGCUGACUGUUUUAGUUGUAAAUUUUGAAGAGAACAACGGAAAUAUAAGCUCACCAAGAUUUGGCGAAAUAUGGACAUGAAAGAAGCAAAGAUGGAUUUUAAGUCCAUAUUGAAGGAGGUUGAAUAUCUGGGCUCUGCCCAUAUGACAUGGAGGGAAAAAAAGGAGUUGGAAAACAAGAAAGUAGUUUCUCUUGGUGGGAAGCCUCAGAAGAAGCAGAAGUUACCACUAAGUGUAGCACGAGUAAUGAUGAAGAAACAGAAGGAAAGGGAGGAGAAAAUGCAAGAAGAGAAUUUGGUACUUGGACGAUUCGGGGGAAACAAUGCUAGUAGUUCAAGAAAAGCAGCUGGAAGGCGCAGACCUGAGGAUAGGGUGCUGAAAUCAACUGAAGGUCACUUCAGAAAUGGGGUGCUUGAUGUUAAAGAAUUGUUAAAACCUUCUGCACCUAAAGCAUCAUCAUCUGGUGCCAAAGAGUCUUUUUCUUCUGGUAAAGGGAAGAAGAGAAAGGGUGGUAAAAAGAACAAGGGCAAGAAGAACAAGGGUGGUCCUGGUAAGAAGCGCCAUUAAACGUCGGGAUAAAUUGCAAAACUUCUUGUUCAUUUUUCUUUAUCGAGUUCUCAGGCAGAUUAGAUCCUAGUGGAUUAUGAGUUUUGGCUAAUAUUAUAAAUUUUGAUUUCUGCUAAUUUUUUCUGGCUGCUAAACUGAUGAGUGUUUGUUCCUAGUGGUAGAAGGAUGUACUCUUUUUCUUCAACAGAGAAACUUAACAGUCUACCAUCCUUGUAAUUGUAUUAUUGAGGAUAUCUCAAUACUGUAGCUAUUGUUAUUGUUC